AAUUUUUUAAAUAUCUUUUACGGUCACACUGCUACAACAGCAAGUGCUUCAUUAAUUUAGUUUUUGGUUGCAAUUAUUACUAAGCUUCACAACAUGGGUCGCAAUAAGGCAAAUGCCAAGAAGGCUGGGGGAUCGGGAGCCGGCAAAGCAGCUGGUGCUGGCGCUGGAGCAGGAGCAACAAAGCCGGCAAUAAACAAAUCGAAGAAAGCUAAGAACCUGUUUAAGGUUAACAAUGCCAAGAGCAACAAAAAGAAACCUAAGGAAGUGCAGGGCAAGUUGAAGCAGAUCAAAGAGACUGUCAAGUCCAAGCAGGAGAAGGUAGAUGCCACGCUUAAGGUACUGCACAAGGAUAUGGUCGUGAAGAAGCCAAAGCCUUCAGUGCCGUCGAUUAAAAACAGCAGAAAGCCACCGGCCAAUACCACAAAAGUCUCGGACUCGCUGGGCAAGCUCAAGUUCUGAGCCUAGAUUAUAGAAAACUGUUAAUUCUGCUAGUUCAAAUGAUUAUUCAAAUAUAUUUUAGAUAUAUUGACA